CGCCGCCGCCGCCGCCGCCCCCGUUCCCAGGCUGCCGCCGUCGCCGUCCCCGCGCAGAGCCAGAGCCGGAGCCGGAGCCGGAGCCACGGCCGAGAGGAGGGAGGAGGAGGAGGCGGUGGAGGAGGCGCCGGACGGGGGGGAUAGAUUCCCAGGAGUGGGAUAACUGGAUCAGAGGGUGGUUACCCUGUAUAAGAGUGUGUGUCUCACUGCACCUUCAAUGGCAUUGAGUAGGAUUCAAACUGUACUGUUUAUGAAUUAUGGUGCCCAGAGAAAGAUUGUCAGUAUUUAAACAGACCACAUCAUGCGUGAGUACAAGCUAGUGGUCCUUGGUUCAGGAGGCGUGGGGAAGUCUGCUCUGACAGUCCAGUUUGUUCAAGGAAUUUUUGUUGAAAAAUAUGACCCAACGAUAGAAGAUUCCUACAGAAAGCAAGUUGAAGUAGACUGCCAACAAUGUAUGCUGGAAAUACUGGAUACAGCAGGGACAGAACAAUUUACAGCGAUGAGGGAUUUGUAUACGAAGAAUGGCCAAGGGUUUGCACUAGUAUAUUCCAUUACAGCUCAGUCUACAUUUAAUGAUUUACAGGAUUUAAGGGAACAGAUUUUACGGGUUAAGGACACGGAAGAUGUUCCAAUGAUUUUGGUUGGCAAUAAAUGUGACCUGGAAGAUGAGCGAGUAGCUGGCAAAGAACAGGGCCAGAAUUUAGCAAGACAGUGGUGUAACUGUGCCUUUUUAGAAUCUUCUGCAAAGUCAAAGAUCAACGUUAAUGAGAUAUUUUAUGACCUGGUCAGACAAAUAAAUAGAAAAACACCAGUGGAAAAGAAGAAGCCUAAAAAGAAAUCAUGUCUGCUGCUCUAGACCUGAAGUCAGCAGCAGCUCUGAGCCAGAUUAUAGGAAUGAAGAACUGUUGCCUAAUUGGAAAGUGCCAGCAUUCCAGACUUCAAAAAACAAAUCCGAAGAGGCUUCUCCUGUUUUAUAUAUUAUGUGAAGAAUUUAGAUAUUAUAUUGGUUUGCACAAGUUCCCUGGAGAAAAAAAUUGCUCUGUGUAUAUCUCUUGGAAAGUAAGACAAUAGCAUUCUCCUUUGCAAUAGCAGUUAUAACAGAUGUGAAAAUAAAUAUACUUGACUCUGAUACAAUUAUACUAAAGAGCAUGGAUGCAUUUCAAGUGUUAGAUACUGCUACUAUAAUUAAAUAAUUUCAUAUUGACCUUUUUAUCAUGAUUCCUCCCUGUCAAGCACUAAAAAGUUGAACCAUUAUACUUUAUAUCUGUAAUGAUAUCAAUUAUGAAAUUUCUCAACUCAUUGCAGCAGAUAACUUUUUUGAGUAAUUGACUUCAUUUUAUAUUUUAAAAAUUAUGAAAUAUCAUCUGUCAUAUUCUAGUUAAAAUUGUGCAUAAUGCUUUGGAAAAAUGGGUCUUUUAUAGGAAAAAAACUGAUAUAACUGAUUUCUACAGCUUUCAAAGCUAAAAUAUAUAAUAUACUAAACCAACUCUAAUAUUGCUUCUUGUGUUUUACUGUCAGAUUAAAUUACAGCUUUUAUGGAUGAUUAAAUUUUAGUACAUUUUCAUUUGGUUUGUGUGUUUUUGUUAUUGUUUAUAGGUCUAAAGCCUUUAUUUUAUAAUGACCACAUUGUUUUAAGUGCAACAGUAGCUCCUUUCUACCUGAUAUCUGCAGAACAGUUGGCUUUAAAUGAUACUAACUGAUUUAAGAACAGACUUUCUUUCUGUUCUAGAUAUAUUUAUUCCUACUAUACAGUAAAAUCCAUCAGACUACAUAGAAUAAUUUUGUAUAUUCUCUCUGAAUCUUAAAGAUUGUAUCUUAUUGAAUAAAAUAUCCUACUGUGUAUUA